CAACGUGUCACAUCGCAUGCAUAUGUGGCUAGGCGCGGCGCUUCACCGUGCCUCCGGUGCAUGGGUGGUCAGAACUUGAGACUGGCCACCUUCAACCCAGGCAUUUCAGGAGCGGCAUGUACGAAGCAAGCAGUACAUAUAAUCCCUCAAUACCUAGAUAUAACCGCCUGACUGCCCCUCAUUUUCAUGCCCAUUCUCCUAUCAUGUUUUUCCCGCCUUGACUGGCACCAUCGUACGGCUGCUUGUUCUGAACAUAUCACCAUCACCCUCCACGCCUUUCUUGCUUGAGCCCUGGGCCGACACAUUUAACCCCAGCUUCGGACUAGUCUUUCCAGAUUCAAAGGAAGAAUCGAACCGUUCAGGGCUCUUAUGAUCAUGGCUACUACUCAGAGCACCUGUAAGAGACCCAAGUUGUCUCUGACCAUCAAGCCUUCCAGUAGUCCGAAAUCCAGAUCGUCUAGGUCCAUGUCUGCCGUGGACCCCCAGUCUCCCACUGCCUUCAAUACCCUCUCCAAUGUUUAUGUCACCGCCAUCGAGAGGUCUACGCCCGUCACGGCGAUUAAUACCUUCCACCAACAUUCUCAUGACACACAAACCCCACGCAUCCUCUCCUUCCCGCAGACGCCGCUCAGUGCAAACACUACCUCGCCAACCCCUAUGGAGCUCGCGUUCCCUAGCAUCUUGACAUCGACUCCACCGCUAUCGGCAGGACCAACCGAGCCGAGUGACCCGAGUGACCCGCAGAGGUUCACGUUUCCCAAGGCAGAUGUACCGAGACUCUCGCUUGUCACAAACCCGGACCAACCGAAGCCUCGAACGCCGCAACGGAGAGUCACAAUCUCCAGUCCCCUCGCAUCACAAUUCAACCCCCCUUACACACAUCCGCGGUCGCUCCACAGCAUUCUCCGCAACUCACCCUUACCUCCGAGAAGCGUCCGGACACCCAUGUCGCCGCGUCGCCAAUCUUUGCGCUUCCAGCAGAAAACGACCCGUCGCGUAGCGUACCACAGCCCUCUUGAACAGACAAUCAUCACAAACAAAUACACAAAGUCGCACAUCGACCUCCUAAGCGAGGACCCCUCCCCAAACUCCCCUGCCAUCCCCAGCACAUGUCAGGGGGCCGACAUGGUACUGGACCUGACACUCGCCUUUACCGGCGACGAGACCCGGGACGGGGGACAGACUCCGGGUCCGUUCGAAGAGAUGCGGAGACGGAUGGCCGGUCUAGCCGCUACAUCGCCGCUGUCGCCGUCCGCAUCUGGCGGGAUCCGAAAGCGGAAACGCAAGGAGAAGAUGCGCCACUGGGCGUGGACCAUCGGUCGGGACGACGAGGAAGAAGAAGACGAAGAGGGAGUCAGCGGCGCCAUCGCCGCAACCCGGGCGGCGGAGGCCAGGGCAGCAUCCGAGCCGCCCCCUGGUGUGACGCACUUGGUCGAAAUACAAGAUCGGAUGGAGCACAGCGGGGACGAGGAUUCUCUCUACAACUACCCCGUGAUUUCAGCAUACGAUUUAUUUGACCAUGGCGGGGAAAUGGAAUCUGGAGCAAUGAAGCACAAGCGACUGGACUGGUAUUUUGGAAUGCUUUUCAAUACGUCGUCCAUCGCGAGCCAAUCAAUUGAGAAGCGCCUGAAGAAUUGCCCUCUCUCUUGGUCACUGUCCAUGUUCUUGAGAAGGCACACGCGAUGGAAAGCAGCCGUCUAUAGGUCACUACAAGCAGCCAUUGACGCUAUCCGUAAUGUGUUUUCCUUGUCCAACUUCGUGUACAGCCGUAUCGGAUUACCCGGUUGGCAACCUGGCGGUAUUGUGACGCUGCGGCCCCAUGUUAUUGUGGGGUUGCAGUGUCAGACAGCAGCUUGGAAGGAGAUACCUGGUUGUAAAUAUGAAGACGUCGUCACCGACGCUGCGCAAGUUGUUUUCGUCCAUAAUACACAACUCCUCUCUUACUCCGUAGAUGGGUUUCUUGGCUUCGUUGCCAUUGCCAUCGAUAUCGCCAGGAUGUCUGCUCCUAAACACGAGCCGCCCAUUGGCGGCCAACAUUACAGUGGCCAGAAUCGGAUCCCUAACAUCCAGGAGUUCGUCGCUCAGCUUGACAAGGAGAAAGCUGAAAGAGACGCCGACAUAGAAAAAGAUCUGGGCAAUAACCAGAAACAUGCCGAGGCCAGCGACCAUGUCCCGGACCGAAAGAACAAAACUAAAAAUACCAAAACAGUCCGGGACCCGGUUACUGGCAAGGAUGUCGAGAUCGAGGAUGCCCAGACGGAUUUCAAAGAAACCGUCGUCAACCCUCAGAUCUCUGUCCCCAACGAGAACGUAGGAAAGAAGGCUACCGUAGCCACUUCCCCUGAGCAGUCCGGGGACGAAUACCGGCGAGCCCAGGACAUUACUGCUCCGCCAGAUCCCGUGGAACCCGGCAGCACGUCCGACGUGCCCAUUCACAGCGAGAAGACCAACGUUUUGUUCUUCAAGACUCCGAGUGUCAGCUACGAGCCCAUGUUUGCGACCCUUGAGAAGCGUGCCAAUGUAUUAUGUCUCGCCAUCUUCUUCGGCAUCAUUUUCGUCGGUCAGUUGUUUGGUGGAAGCCUCUGGGGUCUCAUCCCGCUGAGCGUGACUGUGGCUUGCGGUGUCUUCCUCUGGGCCAAGGACGUCAUCAGUCAGGGCCGAAAUAUGGAGUGGUCAAGUGAAAAGGAACGCGGGGAAACGGCCACGAUGAACCUGGUACCCGAGUCCGUAGAGUGGCUGAAUACUGCGUUGGGAAUUAUGUGGGGCCUAAUCAACCCCGAGAUGUUUGCCGGCGUCGCGGACAUGCUGGAAGACGUCAUGGUUGCCUCCGUGCCCGGCGUGAUCGAGAAUGUUCGCGUUGCCGAUAUUUCCCAGGGUUCCAACCCGAUCCGGGUCCUCAGCCUUCGUGCUCUUCCCGACUCCCACAUGCAGGAGGUCAAAGAAGAGACUCGUAAGGAAGAAGAAAAGCAUAUGGAUCCAAACGAGCUCGCUGCGAUGGAGCAAGCUGGUUCCUACUACAACCUCGAGGCCUCUGUCGCCUAUCACGCCAAGCCGUCCGGGUCCGACAUCUCUUCCAAAGCCCGCAAUAUGGGCAUGCAGCUCGUCUUCUACCUGGGUGUGAAGGGCCUUCUGGGCAUCCCCUUGCCUGUUUGGGUUGAGCUCCAGGGCCUGGUUGCCACGGUGCGCCUCAGGCUUGAACUUGUUCCCGAGCCACCGUUCCUUAAGACAAUGACUUUUACCCUGAUGGGUGUUCCGAAGGUGCAGGCCGGAUGCACGCCCAUGAUUGAAAAAGGCGUCAACAUCCUCAAGUUACCCAUCAUCUCGAACUUUGUGAACUGGGCCAUUAGAACUGCCGCUUCGAUGUACGUCGCUCCCAAAAGUAUGACUCUGGACAUGGGCAAGAUGCUCGUAGGAGACGAUAUCCAGAAGGACACCCAGGCGCUUGGUAUCAUCUUCGUUCGGAUUCACCGUGCCGCUGGCCUAAGCAAGCAAGACCGACGUGGCAGCGAAGCUGGAGGCUCGGAUCCAUACAUCACUGUGGCUUGGAGCAAGUUUGCAAAGCCCCAGUUUUGCACCCGCGUUAUCCAGGAUGACCUCAAUCCAAUUUUCGAAGAGAGCUGUGGCCUCCUGGUCACCGCCGACCUGAUUAGGGCUGACGAACAACUCGCUGUUGAGCUUUGGGAUAGCGAUAGGUCUUCCGCCGACGACGUAGUCGGAAAGGUCGAGUUGAGCAUACAAAAGCUCAUUCAACAUCCCGGAAAGAUGUUCCCGCAGGUUUCUAAUCUGCGUGGGGUCAAGGCCGAGAGCGAGAUGCCCGGCGAGCUGAUCUGGGAAGUGGGCUUCUUCGGCAAGACUCAGUUCCGCAGGGCUCUCCGGGCCGACGGCCAAAAUGAGAGUCUUCCAAAGGAGCUUAGGGAUAAGAGAGAACUGCAGGAGGACCACGGCGUCAUUGCUACGGCCGAAGAGGAUGCUGUCAUUCACACACCUCCCGAUCCUCUCUGGCCUUCCGGAAUUCUCAGCAUUGUAGUUCACCAGAUUGUCGGUCUUGAACUGGCUAAUGUCCGCGGAUCCAACGGCAAUCGCAAAGGUCGCGAGUACGAGCCUGCUCGGCCCGAGGCUGGUGAGGUGAAAGAAGAGUCGAGCAAGACGCUUCCCAGCUCGUACUGUACCAUCCUAAUGAAUGACGAACUCGUCUACAAGACGCGAACGAAGGCUGUGUCAUCCCAUCCCAUCUUCAACGCUGGCACAGAGCGCUUUGUGCGCGACUGGAGAAACUGCAUCGUCACUGUCACUGUGCGAGACUCGCGCAAUCGCCAGCACGAUCCCAUCAUUGGUCUUGUGCCGUUGAAAGUCUCCGACAUCCUCCAGACGGGCAGCGAGGCUACCCGGUGGUAUCCCCUUGAUGGAGGCAUCGGCUUCGGCCGAAUCCGUGUAUCCUUGUUAUUCCGGUCUGUGGAACUGAGGCUCCCGCCUUCGCAGCUGGGCUGGGAUGUGGGUACUUUCGAGUUCCUGGGCGACACCAUCACCUCGUCGGGGUACGGGCAUCACAAGACGAAGGUGCGCCUCCGUACAGGAGGAAGUUCUGCCAGCAUCAAACGGGACGCGUGCACGAAAGAACCCGACAAGGAUGGUCUCGUCUGGGACCUAAGUGGACAUAGCAAACACGACAGGAUUCGCCUGCCAGUCCGCUUUCGGUACCGCUCACCCAUCUUCUUCGAGUUUUACCCGGCAGGCAGGCGAAAGCCUAACGCGUUUGCUUCCCUCUGGCUUCAGGACCUGGUGGAUUUGGAAGAGCACGAUUUCGACAUACCGAUCUGGAAGUGCGAUAACCCUACCCGUCUAUCCCAGAAUUAUGUGACGGAAGAAACGUGCAAAAAUCUUCCGGCCCUGAAGGUGGAGGAGAUUGGUCGCCUGAGGUUCCGAGGUCGGUUCUCCACGGGCACUGAUCGGGAUCACAUCAGGUUCGUGUCAGACAACAACUCCAGGGAGACAAUCGAGACAUGGGAGGCGUGCUUUGCCGAAGGGGUGCGGCAGGAGGAGGUCCAGACGGAAGUUGCCCCGUCGACGCAGAAAUUGCACGAGGCGUCUCUCACCCAGGGACGAGAUGUGCUUGCUCAGGCAGAUCCGAAAGAAAAGGAGAAGUGGCUGGCAAAGGACGGUACAGAUUGGACAGGGGCAUUUGGAAAGGACCCCGUGUCUCUCCUCAGUGGCGAUCCCGUUGACCUCAAUGAUACGGAGCGUCAUGACGAUGAGGGCGAGAUGCACGAGGAGGAUAGUGCAAGCGAUGUCGACCUGGGAAUUUCUGACGCUGACACUGCAUCACAGCGCGAUUCAACGGCAGGUGAAGACGGGGAGCAGAACCGCCCGUCCACCAGCAGCGGUGCAGAGAGUCAGUCCCAGGCGGGAAAACCCAACAGCAAUAGCCCUGUGCAGGCGUAUAAGGAUUACAAGGACCGUAGCCGAGACCUGCAUCGGAAGCAUAGAGGGCUCAUGCAAUGGCGACCCAUGCGAAAUGUCCAGUUCGCGAAAAAUGAGGCUCUCUUUGGGAUGCGCAAGGUCAAGAAGAUUGGAGCUCUCGAUGGACGGAAGCCGGAUGUUGAGACGGAAGUUUGAAGAGUGUUCUUGUAGCUUAAUAGUUCGAUGUUGUAAUUCUAGGCAAUGAAUGUAACGAGAGAAGUUCAACAUUUUAAUGCCCAAAAACAGUAUUUGAGAGGUAGUCGUCAAAACACUUGAUUGCAUCGGCG